AAAAAAAAAAAAAAAAAAAAACCUAACUUGCUAAAUACUAGGACCUGGGAGUGGGCGGGGUGGGGCAGACGGCAGCGGAAGCAAACCAAACCAAAGCAGAGCAGAGCAGAGCAGAAGCAAAGUCGCAGACCAGAUCAGCACCACGCCGCCGCCGCCACCAGUCCACCGCAGCACCACCCAAAUUUGUGCAUAGGGCAAGGAACAUCUGAUAAGCAUUAGCAAAUGGCUACUUUUAGUAACUGCAAUUUGGAAUCUAUCCAAAAACCUCAAGAAACAUCUGAUGAUAAUCAUAUGCCAAUGGAUGCUGUUGGUAACUCUAAUUUGGAACCCGUCCAAAAGCCUCAAGUCAUAUACCGCUGUAAGAAAUGUCGGAGAAUAGUUGCUGUACAUGAGAACUUAGUUCCUCAUGAGCGUGGUAAGGGAGAAUCAUGCUUUAAAUGGCAAAAGAGAAGCAGUGAUGCCUUGAAAAAGGAAAAGGAACCUGUUGAGUGCACCUCCAUUUUUGUAGAGCCAAUGAAAUGGAUGGAAACAGUACAAGAAGGUAAUGUUCAAGAGAGACUUCUGUGCAUGGGCUGCAAUGCCCGCUUGGGUUACUUCAACUGGGCAGGUAUGCAAUGCAGCUGUGGAGCUUGGGUAAAUCCUGCAUUUCAACUUCACAAAAGCCGACUAGAUGAGUGCUAUCUAUGAAACAAGCCACUCUUAUGGCUUUACAGCAUAGUGGAAAAUUCUAGUUAUUAUGUAAGUGAGAGAGGUUUGAGCUUUUGUUUUGUUGUUAGUUGCAUAUAGUUCAUGAAAAUAACUUCUUUUUUUCUUCUUUUUGUUUGCGAUAGUUUAUGAAAGCUUGGUAUGUCCAUUCCUCGAUAAAUACUUGCUACUUGAGUGGAAAUAUGCUAGAAUUGGUGAUUAAA